AUGACGAUCUGUAAUCGCGCUCUUUGGAACGUCUCAUCUCCGACUGAAGGACAUCGACCAUUACCGCAAGUCCACACCAUCACCCUGAAGCAAAUCCAUAAGCCCAGCUUUACGCAGCCUGACCCCCUCGAAUCGAACAUCACUAGCUUCGAAAGGUGGAAUCAUGAGGGAUGGCACAGCAGCAGACAGAGCACAUUGACAUCAGGCCGAAGGAACAACAUAACCGAUCCAGCGCGCUUCACCUUCAGGGAAGAAUUGCAAUCCCCACUCCCUGCACGCUUUCAAAGCGUAGCCAUACUUCGACGGCAUUUCUCCGAACUUGCGUCAGUCCAAAGACUCUCCACGAUAACACGACAUGUUGACUUGAGUGACGGCCUUCAUGCGGCACCCGUCCGAUCCAAGAUCAGCGAACUUCAGAACACCCUCACGGAGAGCCAUAGCGAGCGAAAUAUCCCUUCCGAUACGUUCCAACAUCUCAGAGCAGGCAAUGUCUUGAACAAGAUCAAGGACUCUCCUAAUCUAGAAAUCACGGGAUGGUUAGAGGGAGUAUAG